AUGGGAAAGUCUAACCACCGAUUGUUACGGCUGAUUCGGUUGAUAGGAUUACAGUGCAUCGUGGUUUCAGUUUGCGCCGCGCAGGGCAGUAGUGAAGAUAUUUUAACGACAACAUCCGAAACAAGCACAACUCUCGCAAACGGGCCCGAUGAGUCAAGCUCCCUCACGUCGCUGGCUGUUGUUCCUCUUACCAAACCAAUCAAUAACAAAAAUGAAACGACAACCAAAGAAUCGGUAGUGGCCAACGGUGGCAGCCUCUCUUCGACGCAGAACCCCGUCAGCCAGGAGUCAUCUUCACACCUGGCAACGUCAUCGGAAUCCGACAUGAGUGAGGCAAUCACCAGUGCGGAGAUGCAUUCGACCGAAAAACCGGUUCUGCUUCACGUUCAGACUGCGGCCGAAGCCAACAACGACCGUAAUCCGGAUAGUUCCCCCUCCAUACUGGACCACUUUGUCCCGAUGGGAGAAAGUUCGUCGGAAGAAUUACUCAAGAUGAGCGAUAUGAGAUCAUCUGGAGAAGCGGUACCCCAAGGCCGCUCGAUUGGCUUUGGUGUAGAUGGACCAAUUAAUUUCGUCACUGCCCCUGACCUGGCCACAACUGCGACCAGUAAGGUUCCGACUACUGAGAGCCCUGCUACCACCAUGGGUUACGACAAAAAGUUGCAUACGGAACUUGCUGACCUUUCGGAUAUUAGCAUGGAAGAUGAGGAGAGCGAUAGAGCGGAAGGUGCAAAACAUAGUAGCGAAGAUGAGGCCGAACGAAGCCACCGCAACACGACCAUUAGUCACAUGAUGGUGCCACAUUCAGCCGGACGGGAUCUGACGAUGAUGGUCGUCGAUGAGUGCAUCUACAAUGGCGUCGAAUACAAGACGAACCAGACCGUGGACCGGGACUGCGAGGAACGGUGCACCUGCGAGGAGGACGGCAAAUGGCGCUGCGAACCGCGCUGUGCGAGGCCAUUCGUGAAACGGGGGAAAACGCUACCGGACCCGAGCUGCUUCGAAAGCCCCUCCAAGACGGACGAAUGCUGUGCCAUGCUGGUAUGCGGCAGUGCGUCGGAGCGGCUUGUCGAUGGACGAUCGGAACAUAUCGGCAAUUCUACGGACAAAAUCCCGACGACAUCGACAGCGAUCGUCACGAGUUGCAUUUAUCGCAAUCAAUCGUACAACGUCAACGCGAAGGUGGAGAUUGGUUGCGAGAAGAUCUGCACCUGUAACAGUGAAGGUGAACUAGAUUGCGUGCCCCGAUGUCCUACUAUGAACGAGACCCGCUCCGAGCACUGCGUAACCGUUCCUGAUCCUAACGAUGCCUGCUGCAAUCGGGAGUUUUGUGACGUGAUUCUCGAUGACCACGAACAGAACAGUGCACUAAUGAUGGUAGCGCCGCCAUCGUCUACAACCACCACAGCCACCAGUACCGAUAAGAACGAUUUUAUUGGAGAAUUCGAUCAGUGCGAGUACAAGGGGAAAAUGUACACCAAAAAGCAACAAUUUCACGAUGAAUGUAAUGCCUUGUGCUUGUGUACAGACGCCGGGGUACACUGUGCCAAAAUUGAAUGUCCCUCGCACUUUGGCUUGGAUGUUCUCGAUCCCCAUUGUCUACGCUGGGAACCGGAUCCAGCAACAUUUCGCGCGAUCGCACCACGCUGCUGCCCAGAACGCAUGAGGUGUGUAGAUAAUGGAACUUGUAUAUUCAAAGGUCAGCCUUUUGACAAUUGGUCGGAGAUUCCAAGCAAUUUAACCGGUUGUGAUCAGCAUUGCUAUUGUGAAUCGGGAAAGGUAGAAUGUCGACCUGCUUGUCCUCCCGUUCCGGCGAUGCCUCCACCCAGCUUGCCUUGCAAUCCGAGAAUGGCACGGCUGGCUCCGCUUCCUGAUGACGACUGCUGCAAACAUUGGACCUGCUCCAGCGGGGAGCCAGCGUUAACGGGUAAUGACGUUCUCAAACCGCUCCUGAUGCCAGAUACUAUCAAUCAAUUUCUCCCGACAAAGUCACCGAAAAGCGAUAAAGGAGAGAAGCCAAAACCGGAAAAAGAAGCAGAAACCUCAAAAGAUAGCCCACAUGUUCCGUUCUAUCCAACCAUCGACGGAAAACCCCCAAAAGUGCCACAAGAGAAACCCCAUAAAAAAUACCCCAAAGAGGAUGCGAAGAAAGAUCACUACAACAACAUUUUCACUGGCAACGAACAAUCUGCGCCCGGUGACCAAAAGUACGAGUAUGGGGGCUACGACGAUGCACCGAAACCCGCUACACUGGGAGUGCAGCGUCCAGGGCCACCCGGAUAUUACGGUCCGGAAAUUAAACCCGGCUACAACGAUUACAAUCCAUACAUCCACGUAGGCGGUCCCCCAGGAACCGUACCGUUACCGCCCGGAGGUCAGUUGCCGCAUCAUCCGCUGGAUAAGCAACUGAUCAACGCGUUAGGGCCGAACCCCCAGAGCAUUCCACCCAACAUUCGCAUCGAACAAUUGCUUCAGCAAAUUCAUGCCCAAGACCCCAAUCCUGGCCCCAUCCUGCACGGUCAAAACAUCAACAGCAAUCCUUACCCGCAUCAACAUCAACCGAUUGUACCACCCCAGACAACUCAUCAAACGGCGGCCGCCGCCAACGGUAUCAACUACAAUCAGUACGGUGAGCCGUUAGACAUUGGACCUCCGCCACAUCCCGCACAACAAGCACCAGGUCCUAAUCUAGGUUUUCCCUCGCUGCAAACCGAUCUGAAGGUGCUAGCAAUGGAUGCGAUCGAUCCCAACACGGUGCGCGUCAUCUUCAUUGUCCCACAGGUGUUUGUCGGCCUGCACGGCCGAGUCGAGCUGCGGUACACGCGCACGCGAAACAACGAUACUUCAACCUGGCAGGCACAGGUGUUUGCCCCACCGGACGAUCUAAUCGCAACGUCCCAACUGGAAUUCGAGCUGCCCGGUUUGGAUCCAAACACCGAGUAUCGGGUGAAGAUUACGUUAGUCUUGCGUGACGUAAACUCGCAACCAUCUAGUCAAAUAUACACCGUUCGCACACCGUCCGAUCGGGUGAUCACACCACCGCCGCUAAUUAACACCGAUUUGCACUAUCCCCAUUUGGGUCACCCAACCAAUUUCCUCAAGGAGAUUAUCCAAGAUCCGGUGCUGAGGGCAAACGACGUCAACUCGACUUGGGCCAAAAUAACCUGGCGCAAACUGGACGACGAGGAGUUAGACUAUGUGGAUGGUAUUCAGCUUCGCUACAAAGAGAUCGACGGAAUGGUGUACGAUGCAACUCCACUGAUUCACCGAGCGCUCAGUGAAUAUACGGUAGAAAAUCUGAAGCCCCAGACUCGCUACGAAAUGGGAAUAUUUUUCAUUCCUUUCCCUGGGCACGGGGAAGAGGUGCGCGCUGGAGAGAUGCUGCAGUUCACUACGGCCCAACGGGUCGACAUGUACGGAUUCGAGGUGGUGGUCAAUGUCAGUAAGGUAAAAGCCAGCAGCGUCGAGGUAAGCUGGUCCGGUGUGCCUUAUCCGGAAGAUAAGUACAUCAACAUAUAUCGAGCUAUCUACCAGAGUGAUAGCGGAAAAGAGGACUCGAGUGUUUUCAAGGUAGCUAAGCGUGAUUCUACCACGGGAACGCUUAUUAUGGAGCUUAAACCUGGCACCCGGUACAGGCUUUGGCUUGAGAUGUACCUAACAAACGGAAGUAUAAAGAAAAGUAACGUAGUAAACUUCAUCACGAAGCCCGGUGGACCUGCGAUACCUGGAAAAGCUGGAAAAUUGUCGGUAGCGGGCUCUGAAGCCUUACCGGGAGACUACUACGGACCGCUAGUGGUGGUGGCGGUGAUAGCAUCCCUCGCUGUGAUGUCCACCCUGAUACUGCUUCUCAUACUCACCAGAAGGCGAGUACAAAGUGCCACAAUCACACCGCCACGCAAAAACGAGGUUUCCUACGAUAACCCUAGCUAUAAAGUAGAGAUUCAACAAGAAACGAUGAAUCUGUAA